AUGCACAAGACCCCCAGAUGCCCAAGGCCGCCAACACCCAAGACUCCCCAGAAGCCCGAGACCCCCCAGACGCCCGAGGCCCCCCAGACGCCCGAGACACCCCAGAUGCCCCAGACUCCCCAGACGCCCCAGACUCCCCAGACGCCCCAGACUCCCCAGACGCCAGAGACUCCCCAGACGCCAGAGACUCCCCAGACGCCAGAGACUCCCCAGACGCCAGAGACUCCCCAGACGCCAGAGACUCCCCAGACGCCAGAGACUCCCCAGACGCCAGAGACUCCCCAGACGCCAGAGACUCCCCAGACGCCAGAGACUCCCCAGACGCCAGAGACUCCCCAGACGCCAGAGACUCCCCAGACGCCCGAGACUCCCCAGAUGCCCAAGACUCCCCAGAUGCCCAAGACUCCCCAGACGCCCAAGACUCCCCAGAUGCCGAAGAGUCCCAGACGCCGAAGAGCCCCAGACACCGAAGAGCCACUGAUGCUAAAGAUUCACAGAUGCUAG